GAUAUAGCACGGGCAAUCGAACCGUUGUACAGAGCGGGCACAAUCUCACCUGCUCCUCCGCCGUCCGCCGUCCGUCGUCCGCCGCCUCGUGCUCCCCUACUCCUCGGCCCCCGGCCGGUCCCUCCGUCUCUCCGGCGGAUCUUCCAUCGACCGCCCCUCAGUCCUCUGAUCCCGACCUCCCGCCACAGUGCCGCCCUUCUGUCAGUCGGUACAAUGGGGUUCAGCUCUAUCCACAUCCACGUGGGAUGGAUUGGUUUCGCAUUAUUUGGUUGUUCUUCUUCUUCGGCAUUGUGAAAGAUGCCAAGAUCGACGCCGGUUGCAACCAGUGAACUUCUUGGCAAGCAGUUGAGGUCCGGAGGCGUUCAUGUUCCAACAAAUUUGGGCGUUGAACUGAACCCUGAUGCCCCCAUGCCAAGUCGGCUCCUGAAAUUCGUUUUUCUUCUUUGCCCCAAUGUACUCCUUUGGUGCCAUUGUUCGGUUUGCAUUACUAUCUUCAUUAGGUGCUAUUACAUGUUUUUUGCCAUCAUCGCAAAACGAUCGGGCAGUAAGUAGCUGUGCUGUUAGGAAUAGAUUCCCUGCCUGAUUAGAAAUAUGCAAUCCAGGUUUACAUUUGUGGCAUGUAUAUUUGGUUCCUUGGUGUUUCCCAUUUCAUAUGCUCUCUUUUGUAUGAUAAGUUAUUUUACUUUUGAAUUGAUAGAUCAACUGUGGGAGUCCUCCUUAGCCUGUGCAGGAUAAAAGUACUCCACUGCUUUGUUUCUGCUAAGAAUCUUUUAAGCAUUGCUCCUGGAUAAUGGGCUGUAGCAUCAGGUUCUGUAAAGAAGGUACACCUAUUUUCAGCAUUUCCCAUAUUUUGCUUACAGAAAUGCUAAUUUGUAGCUGCUAACCCCACCUUGUGCAAUUUUCUCCUUGUCCAUAGAAUUGUCCACUCUGGCGGCAGUGGUUGUGUUGCCAUCAGAUUUUCUGUUUAUGCUGUUCUGAAUUCUUGAACUCUUUACGUUUCACUUAACAAACACAUUUUUUUGUUGUUACUUUUGAUUUUAAAAUAUAGGACAAUUUUUUUGCUAAAACAUGCAGGAGAGCUGCAUAUCUUUGUAUUAAGAAGGAAAAAAGAAGUCUUACUAUGCUCUUCCAAGCAGAAGAGUAUGCAUACUAAACAUUCACACUCACACCCUGAUACUAGUAGAUGAAAUUAGUACCACUUACAAACAAUAAAACGACCAAUGAUAGAAUAUGACUUGGUCGCGUGAAAUACUAGAGCUAAUUCAUCUUUGAAGGUACUUUAUAGAAUUAUAUGCCAGUACAAAUAUAUUUUUAUCACCAUUGUUGCGCCUGUCACAGGAACUUGUUAUCGUUAGUGAUGAUGUGGUUCAGCAAGCUGUAUGGGAGGCAAGCUGUUCGAAGGGUUGGAAUUUCUUAUUAUCUUAGGAUCUUGACAACUUCCAAUUAUUUUAGAUGAAAAAUAGAGCUCCUUUACUGUUCCAAUGGAUUUUUGUUGGGUUGUGUUUCUUUCUUAAAACAACACACUAUUAAUAUAUUACUACAAAGUAGGUUGCUGAUUAUUUAACAUAUGACUCUCAUGGGUCUAGUGGUUGGGGAGCAGAGAACUUGCCUAGCCCACCUGGGUUCGAGGACCACACUCCACGUCUCCACAUAUUGAAACACCAGCAGGAACGUCUUCCCCUCUGUUUCUCAUUUUUUUAUUAUUUAACAUAUAAUAUGAUAAUAAUAUCAAUCUAAAUCACCAAGGAGCUAAUAAUGGCAAUAAAAAUUCUUAUUUUUUAAAGGCAUCCCUUAAUUUCAAUUAAAUCUAUCCAUUUUGCAGUCUAACCAACAGGCCCUGGGUUGAUCUUUAUUCAGGAAUCCAGAUACAUGCCAGCUGUGCAUUUACAGAUUUAUUGCCCCUGGUGUUACUCAGAAUUCACCAUGGCUUUAUUUUGUUUUACACUAGCUCCCAUUGUUCAAUUCUUCAAUUUACUGUGAUCGGUCCUUCUGGAUCCAUCCCCCUUUUCCACUAAAGUCCAUUUGCACACACCCUUUAGACUUGACCCAGCACAGAAUAAAACUCCUGCAAGCGAAGGCUCCAAAUCUCCCGAUUUGCAGCCACUCUAUCGCCGCUGCUCUUUGAAUGGAUCCAAUCAAGGGAGCAGUGAUCUCCCACCCCUACUGAAGAUUAUUUGAAGUAAUACUUAUUCAAUCCUCUUACAGGCACUUGUGCUCUUGUGCGUGCUGGAUUUGUUGGGAUCCUCGAAUCCACGGGAACCAAGGUGCUCAUCCGCUGGAUGUCUUGCCAAGCUUUACCAGAUGGUGUUGCAAUGAAUACGGGUUGCAUAUAUGGAUCUAGUUCGUCUUCAGACAAGAUGCAUCAUUCCCAGUCAAGAGAUGAGUUGCCUCCAGAUUGUGCUGACAAAAUUCAUGCCUUAUAUUGCAAGCAUGUUAUACUCUCUGACAUUAUUCAGAAACGAGCCAAUGUAAAGCCCUCUUUUCUUCAAAGGAACCUUCGUUACAAGAUACAUGCCAAGCAAAAGAAGAGGAUUCAGAUAACCUUAUCACUGCCUGGAAGUUUAAACCCUGAAAUGCGGGCACAGAAUAUCUUUCCAUUAUGUGCUUUGUUUGCUAAACCAAUUAGUUCUGUUUUGCAUGAAGGGCAUUCUCCAGUAUAUCAGUUCACCCGGGCUUGUUUGCUGACUUGUUUCGAUGAAUCUGGAUGCGACAGCCACACUGAAGCCACGUUCAUCAUUCAAGACCUGAGGACUUUAGCUAACAUUAUCCUUGUUAGCUGUGGACAAAUUGGACAAACACCUGAUGAAAAUAACUUCUCCAAUAACGAUUUGGAGAACUCUUCUCUUCAAAAGCUUGAAGGGCAGUGUUUCUGGGGUAAGAUACCGAAGGAUUUACUUUGUUCAUCAUUGGAGAACUGCGUGGAUUUAAGCUUAGGACGGACUAAGCAGUUUGCUUUGUCAAUUACUAUGAGCCCAGGCUUCGUAGAGUCAAAAUUUCUCAAGCAGGACAGUUUCUUGACAUUUUGUUCUCGUAAGCUUAAUUCUGUGUGUCCAUAUCAAUUACAAGUAAGCGUAUGUGCACAAGAGGCUGGUGCAAGAGACAUGUUUAAAUCUCUUUACAAUUCUUACUUAUAUAAUGAUGUCCCACCAUCUUCUUUACCGCAUAUCAUAAGGUUAAGAGUUGGAAAUGUGCUCUUUAAGUAUGGAGACAAUAUUUGCAAGACAGAAGUUACUGAAGAUUUUUGCUGCUCAUUUUGCUUGGUAAAGUGUGGAAGCUUCACGGGUCUGCAAUGUCACUUACUCUCAUCGCAUGACCGGUUCAACUUUGGGUUCUUGAUAUCUAAGAAGGAACAGGUCGUUAAUGUUAGUUUGAAGCACAAUACCUGGACAAAUGAGGAUUUUCCUGCAGGAGUUGAUCCGAGACAAAGAACAUUUUCCUUCUUCUCAAAGUAUAAGAAGCGUCGAAGAAUAGUUACAAUGACUGAGGGGAUCAUUACAUCAAAAGUGACUGAGGCGAUCGUUCCGUCAAAAGCAACUGAGGUGAUCCUUCCAUCAAAAGCAAUUGAGACGAUUGUUCCAUCAAAAGCAGCUAAGACGAUCUGGCAUGGAUAUCUAAUUGGGACUUCUGUGUCAGACACAUCAGUUGAUCCUGCCUAUUCAGUACAUGGCGGCCAUCUUUCACCACCAAGAGUACUCCAGUUUGGAAAGACCAGGAGACUAUCUGUUGAUCAGUUGGACCCCAGAAAUCAGCUACUCCUUCAAAAACGUCAAUUCUUCCAUUCUCACAAAGGACAGCAAAUGGCAUUGGAAGAAGUUCUCUCAGAUCAUGAUAGUGAAGACGAAGUUGAUGAUGAUGUUGCUGACUUUGAAGAUAGAAGGAUGCUUGAUGAUUUCAUUAAUAUUUCGAAAGAUGAGAAGUCUAUCAUGCAUAUGUGGAAUUCAUUUGUUUCCAGACAAAGGGUGAUAGCUGAUAGUCAUAUGCCAUGGGCCUGUAAAGCAUUCUCCCAGCUUCAUGGACAAUUACUUGCACGAAACCCUUCUCUACUAGGGUGCUGGAGGCUUUUUAUGAUCAAACUCUGGAACCACAAUCUGCUAGAUGCGCGCACCAUGAACACCUGCAACAUCAUUAUCGAAGGCUUCAGGAACAAAAGGCUCCCCAAGUGAAAUCUGAUGCAUUGAAAACAUUUCAGUCAUGAACAAUGAUAAACUAGUUACACUCUUUUCGUUGACAUCCUAUAAUCUUCUUGAUGACAUGGACUCCAGCUCCAGAUUAAUAUUCUUGAUGCCAUGAAUUUUACAUGAAGUGUUGGUUAUUCAGUGACUUGGAGAACUCAUUUCCUCUUUA